AUGUUUAAUUCGUUCGUCUCCAAGGUUGAACGGAAGACGAUCAGCACUGCACUUGAUCAUUCUGAUUGGGUACAGGCGAUGCAGGACGAACUGAAUGAGUUUGAGCAAAAUAAAGUGUGGACACCGAUGCCAACACCAAAAGAUGCUUUUGUGGUUGGACUAAAGUGGGUUUUCAGGAACAAGAUGGAUAAGUGUGGAAAUUUGAUUCGCAACAAGGCAAGAUUGGUUGUGAAAGGUUACUGUCAAGAAGAAGGAAUAGAUUAUAAAGAGACCUUGUCUCUAGUAACAAGGCUAGAAUCGGUUCGUAUUUUUCUCGCCUAUGUUGCACACAAGAACUUUGAAGUAUACCAAAUGGAGAACUGGAAGAGACAGUGUAUGUAG